CCUAACGUUCUUACUGUUCUGAUGGAGGAUAAAUUGGAAGAACUGGUCGAUCUCGUUUCCAGUUUAGGCCAAAGAUUAACGACAGUCGAGGCAAAGGUGUCAAAGCUCGGCAGCUUGCAUGAACAAGGUAAAUCAAGGCUAGCGGAAAUCCAAGAGUUCUCUGAAAAUAUCGUUACGUUACAGGAACGUAAGCUUGCCGAAAUGGACUCCAACAUGAAAGAACAGAAAAAGCUUGUUUCAGAAAUGCGCACAAGUUUACAAAGCCUUCAAAACUCCCGCAUCAAUCAUAAGGAAGUUUUGGUGAGGCAUGAAAAUCAGACGAAAAAACUCGUUGAACUUGUUAACAGUAUAAGCGAGACUCAGAACGAACAAGAAAUGGAACGGACACAAAUAAGGGAUACCGCAGCCAAACGCUUCAGUACAUUUGAGCCUAGGGGUCGUCGGACACAACACGAAGAACUGUAUUUCCUAGAGCAAGGCCGUAUGCCUGGUGGCUCGAGGAGCAGCAGUAGACGUCGUCAUACCAGGGCACAUACAUCUGGGUCAAGCCGAGAGUGGGCUAUGUCUGAUGAUAAAUCACGAAGAAAAUCCACCUUUCAUUAAAUUAAAUGUCCCAACAAAGCACUUAUUUGAUACAUUUGAUUGACACGCUGUGUGUCAAUGAAGAACACAACCCUCUAUAAUGAAUAGAACAUAAUCAAUACUGGUGCAGUUGUAUACCAACUUAUAAUUGAAAAUGUAUAAUUUUGUAAUGUGCAUAAUAGAAAAUCUCAUGUUUAUCAAUCAUAUUUACCAAAUCUUCACUUAAACAAUGAAGUGAAAUAAAAUAUCAAAACAGUCUUCAA